AGCGGAUCGCCGGGAGUGAAGGCUGCGCCGCAGAGCGUGAGUUUCGCUCUCUCCAGAUUAAAUCUGCGUUUCGCAGUCGCCCUUCUUCCAUCCGCCGGGUCUGGAGAGGAUCCCUACAGAUCUUAAAAUGCCCGCACCGCGCCCUCCACCCCAGAUUAACCUUGAAAGACUCAUGUGGCCUGAGGAAGAAGUCCAGACGAGAAGAGGAAAGAAAGAGGAGACAGGGAUGGCUCUUCCUCAGGGAAGGUUGACAUUCAGGGAUGUGGCCAUCGAAUUCUCUCAGGAGGAGUGGAAAUGCCUGGACCCUGGUCAGAGGGCUUUGUACAGGGACGUGAUGUUGGAGAACUACAGGAACCUGGUCUCCCUGGCAGGAAUCUCUCUUUCUGAAAUGAGUAUUAUUUCCAUGUUGGGGCAAGGGAAAGAGCCCUGGACUGUGGAGAGUGAAGUGAGAAUAACAACAUCAAAUGGCUGGGAACGCACCAAAGGUGUGAACGCAGAUGUCUCUCCUACAUAUAUGAUCAAGAAAUCACCACCAAAAGAGAACAAUAGCACAGGAAAAGUAUUCCAAGCAGUGAUGUUGGAAAAACAUGAAAUCCGUGACAUCAAAGAUUUUUACUUCAGGGAAAUGCAGCAAAAUAUUCAUGACUUUGAGUGUCAGUGUCACAAUGAUGAAAGAAAUUACAGAGAAAUACCUGCAAUUAAAAUUAAAAACAUCACUGGAAGAAGAGAUCAAGGUGAUGGAAGGAAUGCAGGAAAUAAACCAGUUGAAAAUCAGCUUGAACUAAGCUUUUGGUCGCAUCUGGCUGAACUACAGGGAUUUCAGACUGAAAGGAAAAUUUAUGAAUGUAAUCAAAGUGAGAAGUCUGUCACCAGCGGCUCCUCAGUUUCAUUACUUCAAACAAAUCUUCCUCGUGUCAACACCAGCAUUUCUAAUAUGUAUAGGAAUGAUUUUAUGCAUCCUUCAUUACUCACACAAGACCAGAAAGCAUACAUUAGGGAAAAACCUUACAAAUGUAGUGAUUGUGGCAAGGCCUUUAAUCAGAGGUCCAACCUUACUAUACAUCAGAGAAUCCAUACUGGACAGAAACCACAUAAAUGUGAUAUAUGUGGCAAAGGUUUCAGGCGAAUUGCAAACCUAGCAAGUCAUCAUAGAAUUCAUACUGGAGAGAAACCUUACAGAUGUAAUGAGUGUGGCAAGACCUUCAGUCAGACAUUCAAUCUUACUACACAUCAGAGAAUCCAUACUGGACAGAAACCAUAUAAAUGUGAUAUAUGUGGCAAAGGUUUCAGGCAAAUUGGAAACCUAGCAAGUCAUCAUAGAAUUCAUACUGGAGAGAAACCUUACAGAUGUAAUGAGUGUGGCAAGACCUUUAAUAGGAUGUUCCACCUUACUAGACAUCAGAGAAUCCAUACUGGACAGAAACCAUAUAAAUGUGAUAUAUGUGGCAAAGGUUUCAGGCAAAUUGCAAACCUAGCAAGUCAUCAUAGAAUUCAUACAGGAGAGAAACCUUACAGAUGUAAUGAGUGUGGCAAGACCUUUAAUUACAGGUCCCACCUUGCUAGACAUCAGAGAAUCCAUACCGGACAGAAAACAUAUAAAUGUGAUAUAUGUGGCAAAGGUUUCAGUCAAAAUUCAUACCUUGAAAAUCAUCAGAGAAUUCACAUUAGAGAGAAACCUCACAGAUGUAAUGAGUGUGGCAAGACCUUUAAUUACAGAUCCCUACUUACUAGACAUCAGAGAAUCCAUACUGGACAGAAAACAUAUAAAUGUGAUAUAUGUGGCAAAGGUUUCAGGCAAAUUGGAAACCUAGCAAGUCAUCAUAGAAUUCAUACUGGAGAGAAACCUUACAGAUGUAAUGAGUGUGGCAAGACCUUUAAUAGAAUGUUCCACCUUACUAGACAUCAGAGAAUCCAUACCGGACAGAAAACAUAUAAAUGUGAUAUAUGUGGCAAAGGUUUCAGUCAAAAUUCAUACCUUGAAAAUCAUCAGAGAAUUCACACUAGAGAGAAACCUUACAGAUGUAAUGAGUGUGGCAAGACCUUUAAUUACAGAUCCCAACUUACUAUACAUCAGAGAAUCCAUACUGGACAGAAAACAUAUAAAUGUGAUACAUGUGGCAAAGGUUUCAGGCAAAUUGGAAACCUAGCAAGUCAUCAUAGAAUUCAUACUGGAGAGAAACCUUACAGAUGUAAUGAGUGUGGCAAGACCUUUAAUAGAAUGUUCCACCUUACUAGACAUCAGAGAAUCCAUACCGGACAGAAACCAUAUAAAUGUGAUAUAUGUGGCAAAGGUUUCAGGCAAAUUGGAAACCUAGCAAGUCAUCAUAGAAUUCAUACUGGAGAGAAACCUUACAGAUGUAAUGAGUGUGGCAAGACCUUUAAUUACAGAUCCCUACUUACUAGACAUCAGAGAAUCCAUACUGGACAGAAAACAUAUAAAUGUGAUAUAUGUGGCAAAGGUUUCAGGCAAAUUGGAAACCUAGCAUGUCAUCAUAGAAUUCAUACUGGAGAGAAACCUUACAGAUGUAAUGAGUGUGGCAAGACCUUUAAUAGGAUGUUCCACCUUACUAGACAUCAGAGAAUCCAUACUGGACAGAAACCAUAUAAAUGUGAUAUAUGUGGCAAAGGUUUCAGUCAAAAUUCAUACCUUGAAAAUCAUCAGAGAAUUCACACUGGAGAGAAACCUUACAAGUGUAAUUAGUGUGGCAAAGCCUUUAGCAUGCACUCAAACUUAACUGGAGAGAGACCUUAUAAAUGUAAUGAGUGGGGCAAGGCUUUUUUUUCAGAGUUCAAAAUUGUGAAACCUCACAGGAUUCAUUCUGGGGAGAAACCAAACAAAUGUAAUUAAUGUGGAAAGGCAUUUAUUCAAAAUUCAAGUCUGGUGGACCAUCAGAGAACUCACACUGGAGAGAAACCUUACAAGUUUAAUGAGUGUGGUAAAAUCUUUAUUGGGCAUUCAAGCCUAACUAACCAUCAGGUAAUUCAUACUGGAGAGAAACCUUGCAAAUGUAAUGAGUGUGGAAAGGCUUAUAUGAAGCAGUCCCACCUUAGACAUCAUGAGAGUAUUCAUACUGGAGAGAAGUCAUACAAAUGUACCAAACGCAGCAAGGCGUUUAAACAAUGGGCGGACAUCAGGAUUCACCAAAAAAUCCAUGCUGGAGAGAAACCUUACAAGCGUGAUGAGUGUGGAAGAACCUUUACCCAGGCCUCUCACCUCACUAUACAUCAGAUCAUCCAUACUGGAGAGAAACCAUAUGAAUAUGAUGUUUGUGGCAAAGUCUUCAGUCAAAAUUCACAUCUCAAAAGUCAUCGUAGGAUUCAUACUGGAGAGAAGCCUUACAAAUGUGUGUGUGGCAAGGUCUUCAGUCAAAAUUCACACCUUGUAAAUCAUGGGAGAAUUCAGACUGGAGAGAAAUCCUACAGAUGUCAUGAGUGUGGCAAAGCCUUUACUGGAGACCUACACUUCAUUAAUCAUCAGAUAGUUCAUACUGGAGAGGACCUUCCAAAUGUACUGAAUGUAGCAAGGCUUUUAAGCAUGGCCCUAAACUCAGGACUCACCAAAUAGAUCAUACUUGGAAAUGCAAUGAAUGUAGCAGUGUUUUAAAAGUAGUGCUCACUACUCAUUAGAUAUUAGUAUCAAAUAUAUCUUGGGGCAAAGGCACACAAAUGUAAUGUGUGUGACAAGGAUUUUAUCUGAGGAUCAGAAGUUGGGGAACAGAAUAAUUUGUACUGGGGAGAAACCUUAGAAAUCCAAUGAGCAUGGGAAAAACUUUCCUAUCAGUUCAGGUACUACAUGACAUCAGAGAGUUCAUAUUGAAGAGAAACCAUGUAAGUACAAGGUAUGUGGCAGAGGCUGUAUUCAGGCUUCACAGUGCACUGGACAUCAGAGUAUACAUCUUUUGCUGGGCGUGGUGGCUCACGCCUGUAAUCCCAGCACUUCUGGGAGGCUGAGGCGGGCGGAUCACCUGAGGUCAGGAGUUUGAAACCACCCUGGCCAACGUGGUGAAACCCUG